AUGACUGAGGGAAAGAGUGUAUUUGUUUGUAAUAUUCUAUAUGAAGCCAUUUCAAAAGAUGUUGUUGAAUCAUUAUCACGUUUUGGACCCAUAAUUAGAUGUAACCUGAUACCAAAUAAAUUUCAAAGUAAUAAAAAUAUUGGUUAUGGUUUUGUAGAAUUUGAAUAUGAAGGGGACGCCGCUGAUUGUAUCGAAUUUGCAGAACAUCAUCCACUAUCAUGCUUGGGUAGAGAUUUACGUGUUAGCCUUAGUAAUUCAAAGAAUAAGAAAACAAGAUGGAAUCAUGUAAAGGAAGAUGCAUUUAAUUUAUCAAGUUUAGAAAUUGGGAAUUGGGGUGGACAAUCGAUAGUGCAUACAAAUCGUAAAGAACAAUCUGCAUUUUUAAAAGAAUGGAAGUAUCCGGAAUAUUAUGAAAAGCCCAAGAUGUAUUUUUCAGAAACCAGUGAGGCUUUUAUAUUAGAAGGGUUCAAUGAUUCUCACGGGACCUUCCAAAAAAGACGUGUUAAAAUUCCCUUCCACAUUUUGGAAGAUACGCCCGAAGUCUUUAUGGAUGAAGGUAAUGGUGUAAUAUCACUUUACAUUAGCUUAAAGCAUCCACCGUAUCUUUACCGCGAAGCCCUUGAGGAAGAAACGACCGAUAUUGAAGUGGUUGCGCGCUUUUCCUGGGAACAAAUAGAGCAAGGUCAUUGGAUCAGAACCAUUGAUUGGACUGGAAUUGUUAAUGUUUUUGGAAGGUGUUUAGUAUAUAGAUUAAUGUUUAGAGAUGAACUUAAUAAGUUACGUAAGAAAUUACAUGAUCUCAAAACUCCUCAAUAUUCCAUCAAAGUUAUCGAUAGACCAAUUUGUUCAAAAGAAUAUUUUGGGGACUCAAUUUCUCAGGUAUUACCGUUUAGUAUAUGCUAUAAACUGGAAAGCUUGAUUUCCCAAGGAACAUUAACAUCUUGUGAAAUAAGAGAGUCCGAUAUAAUAAACCGAUUAAUUCACUUAGUACACUCUGAAAGUCAAGAAGUAAUAGCGUGGCACGCAUUAAAUCAAAUAUCGACCAAGUAUUGGGAUCCUUUUGAUGAAAAAUAUCAAGAUCGUCCAAUAUCGAUUUUUGAAACUGCGAUAAAAAAUUUUAAGAGUGAAUUUACUAUUUGGCACCCAUCUAACCCGAACCUUAAAUUGACAAAUAAUAAGCAUAGUGCAUGGGUAAACCAUGCAACAAUAACACCCACAAAAAUAUAUUUUGACGGGCCAAACUAUGAACAGUCGAAUAGGAUACUACGUUUAUAUGAGGAUAAAAUAGACCGUUUUUUGCGUGUUACGUUUACAAAAGAAGACUUGGAUCGAAUUUUCGUUAAUGAAUACGAAGAUGUCGAUAUAAUUAAUCGGAGAAUCAUUUAUAUUAUGACAACUGGAUUUAAUGUGGCUGGGCGGCAUUACGAAUUUUUAGCUUUUUCUUCGUCUCAAUUACAGGAUACUUCUUGUUGGUUCGUCGCGUCAGAUGGAGAAUUUGAUGCAAAUUUUAUCCGUGCUCACAUGGGAGACUUUAGUGAGAUUAAGGCUCCUGCAUUAUAUGCAUCUCGUAUGGGACAAUGCUUUACAAGUACAAUUGGAACAUUGGAGCUAAGUCCAUAUCAAGUAGAUUACACAUUAGCUGAUAUCAAGAGAAAUGGUUUUGAUUUUAGCGAUGGUUGCGGGAAAAUUUCGUCAAGUUUAGCAAAGCUUGCGGCGAAAGAAUAUUGGGGAACCAAAAAUCUAAAAGAUGAUGAGAUUCCUUCAGUGUUUCAAAUACGGAUUGGUGGAUGUAAGGGAAUGGUUGCAGUUGAUCCAAAUCUUGAAGGUAAUCUUUUAUGCAUACGCAAAAGUCAAGUAAAAUUCAAAGCACCCUCUUUAAUUUUGGAGAUUGUGAAGUCCGUGAGAACUCCAUUGCCUGGUCAUUUAAAUAAACAGAUUAUAUUGAUUUUGUCGGCACAUGAGGUACCAGACGAGGUUUUUAUCCAACUACAAAAUGAAAUGCGUGAAGAUAUAGAUUCAAUGAUGACGAAUAAGGAUAAGGCACGAGAAAUUGUUAAAGGUGGCGCAAAUGCAAGAGAGUGUUCACAUAUAACGCGUACGAUACUCAGUAUGAUUGAAGCAGGAAUGAUAAGAGGAUCUGAUCCAUUUUUAAAAGCCCUUUUGGAAUGUACGCGCGUUUAUGCAUUGAAGAGGCUAAGGCAAAAAGCUCGCAUUUUAAUGCCUAAAUCUUAUAUAUUAUUGGGCGUUAUUGAUGAGACUGGAAUUUUGGAAGAGGACGAAAUUUUUGUGCAAACUUCUACAAUCAUCAACGAAAAUUUAACAUUUGAUAAAACGAAUGAUAAAAUCCAACGAGAACAUAAAAUUUGGAAAGAACCAGCUGUGAUUACUAGGAAUCCAUGUUUGCAUCCCGGAGAUCUAAGGAAAGCAACAGCAGUUGACGUUCCAGAACUGUAUCAUUUGAGAAACUGUGUAGUGUUUAGCCAAAAAGGAUAUAGACCUUUGCCAAAUUGCUUGAGUGGAGGUGAUUUAGAUGGUGAUACAUUUUUUGUCUGUUUUGAUAAACGGAUACUUAUUACCGAGAACGAGGAACCUAUGGAAUUUGAUUCCCAAGGAAGAAGAGAAUUGAACAGGGAUGUUGAAAUUAGUGAUAUUUGUGAGUUCUAUAAAGAUUACAUGCUGAAUAAUAGACUCGGUCAAAUAGCCAAUCUCCAUUCAGCAUUUGCCGAUUUUACUUCGGAAGGUGUUAAAUCUAAUGAAUGCAUUAAGUUAUCAAAAAUGCAUUCUAAUGCUGUUGACUUUAAUAAAUCUGGGUAUCCAGUACUAGAUAUACUACCAACUUUGAAGGAAUUUCCGGACUUUAUGGAAAACAGAUUUAAAGAUUCUUAUAGGUCAGAAAAAGUGCUGGGAAAAUUAUAUCGCAACAUCCAACUCGAUAAACCUGGAAAGGAUCCUUUGCUAAAAUAUAAUGAAAUAACUAUAGAUGAUGAUUUUGUGUUUGAAGGAUUUCAAGACUAUUUAGAAGAAGCAAUCACUUGUCGUGAUAAUUAUAAUAAUGAAAUUCGAAGCCUUAUGAAAAAAUAUAAUGUUAAAACUGAAGCAGAAGUUUUGACUGCACAAUUAUUAGGACUUCGAAAUAAUGAUAGUAAGAAAGCCAAAGAAAAUCGAAAAUCGAUUUCCGGAACUUCAUCUUUCAUAAUCCAUCAUUAUCGCAAAGUAUUCUUGAUGAACUUGCAAGAAGCUCAUAACAUUCAUGAUACUGAUAAUGAGGUAUCACCAUUCAAUUUAGAUAUAUCUAUUCCUAUAAACGAGAAAUCAAAAGCUAAAGCUUCGGCAUGGUAUAUCGUCACAUAUUGCAAAAAUGAAUUGCCUUAUAAUGGAAAAUUUAAGAUUACUUUAUUAAGUUUUCCUUGGGUUGUAUCAGAUGUAUUAUUAGCAAUCCGUAGGGAUAAUAAACUGGCUAGAGGUCAGUAUUACUAA